AUGAAGACAUUCUUACUUCAAGUGCCAACCAAGAAGACUGAUGAGGUCAACUGGAUUAAGCCAUUGAGUAAUUACUUGAUAUCUGUGUACGGCUCUACCACGGAUUACAUAGAGGAUAUCAAUGCCUUUAACAAAUUAAGACAAGAUAUAAGAGGUGCUAAUGCUGACACUACUAGUAUCAAGUUAUACUAUAAGUACUAUAGUCAAGUGGAAUUAUUAGAUCUUAGAAUUCCAUUUGCUACUGUGAAUAAGCAUAAGAAGAUUAACUUUGAAUGGUUUGAUGCAUUCCAACCUAGUAUUGUUCACAAGCAAGGUGCUUUACCAUUUGAGAAGGCAAACAUUUUAUUCAAUUUAGGAGCUCUUUUAUCUCGUCUAGCUACAUUGAAGUAUCAAGAAUCUCAAAAGAAAGCUACUGGAACUGAUGACGAAACUACCAAAGAAGCUUUGCAAUAUUUCCAACAAGCGGCAGGUAUAUUUCAAUUCCUUAAUGAAAACUUCUUACAUGCUCCUUCAGCUGAUUUGAGUCAAUCAACAGUUAAGUUCUUAGUUAAAUUGAUGUUGGCUCAAGCUCAAGAAGUCUUUGUUCUUAAAGUUGUUACCGGAGAUCUUGAACAAAAGAAGAACUCAUUAAUAUCAAAAUUAUGUCGUAGUGCUUCAGCUCAUUAUGAAGAAUGUCAUAACAUGUUAACUUACGUUCCAACUCAUACUUCAAACUUUAAUGAUUUCACUGUUGUUGAUUCCGAUGAGAUUGAAAAUAAUUUCCUUGAUCCAUCUGAUGAAAGUGAAGCCGUUGCUACUGAAAGUGUUGAAGAUAAUACUUUACAUGUAACUGCAAGAUUAGACCCAUCGUGGGUCUCUACAAUUAACUUCAAGUAUAUCUAUUACAAAUCAUUGUCAUAUUACUUUAAUGGAUUGCAUUUAGAAUCUAGUAGAAAAUAUGGUGAAGCCUUAGCAUAUUUCACUAAAUCUCAAGAGAUAUUAAACGAAAUUAAUAGUUUUUGGUUAAAAAAUAUAGCUAAGAGUGGUUCAGGUGAUUCAUAUGAAAUCUUAGAUAACUAUAAGUAUCAAAAAGAUGCUGUUGCUAUUAAGUUGGCUGACUUAACCAAGGAUAAUGAUUUAAUUUAUCAUGAAAUUAUUCCUUCAUUAGUUACCUUACCUGAUAUAAAACCUAUGGAUAGUACGAAGGUGAUUCCAAUUAAUCAAAAUACCGUUUUCCAAGAAGUGAAUGAAUACAAUUAUGGAAAUUUCUUAACUAAUGUUGUUCCUAUUAAUAUUCAUGAAUUAUCUAGUUUCUAUUCUGAGGAGAAAUCUCAAUUUUUAAGAAAUGAACUUGAUGCUGUGGAUGUUUCUAAUGAAGAAACUACCUCAGCAUUGGAAUUCUUAAAAUUACCCAAAUCGUUGGUGACUAUCAAGGAAUUGAUUAUAAAUAACGAAAAGCUGGAAAAGAGUGGAGAUGAUAGUCAUAUUGACCCAACUUUGUUAGGUAUUGCAAAUGAAAUCCAACAAGAAGCUUCUAAUGAUAGUUUCAACAAAGAUAAGAUUGUUCAAAUUCGAAAGCAGAUAUAUGAAGUUAUUACUGAAAGUGAAGGUGCAUUAGGUCAUCAAUUCAGCGAUGCAUUGGUUAAGUUUAAGGAUGAUGUUUUAAGAUUAAAGAAGUCUUUGUACGAUGCUACGAAUUCCGACAAUCAAUUAUUUGGAUUGAUCAAUAGCGACAACUUAGGAUUAUAUUCAAUAUUGCAGAAGGGUCCAAAUUCAACUGAAUUUAAACAAUUAUUCAAAAGUGAAAGUAGUGGUUCAAAAUCGACAACUAGUGCUUCUGCUGGGUUAAGUUUGUUAGAUAUGGAUGAAUCUCAAUUAGAGGAUCCAAAUGUCGCUAUUCACAAACAAAUUAAAACCGUUGAGGAUUUAUUACAUGAUAUCAAUGUGGUUAAAACUAAUAAGAUGAAAUUAGUUGAUACGUUGAAGAAAGAAAUUCAUAGCGAUGACAUAAGUGAUAUAUUGAUCUUGAAUAGCAAGAUUAAAUCAAGUAAUGAAAUCAAAUCACUUAUUUUCCCAGAGGAACUAAAGAAAUUCCAACCUUAUAAUGAAGAAUUGGAUAAAUUGAUUGACAAAGAACGUACGUUUAUUAAUGAUUUAAAACUGGAGUGGGAAAAAUUAUCUACCAAUCCAAAGAUUAAAUCCGUUCAGAAUUUAAAGACAUUUCUGGAUGUUUUAAUUAAAGAUCAAACUGAGAAGAUUACCAAGUUUUAUAAUGAGAAUUGGAAGAGAUAUUCUACUGGAUUGAAGAAAGGUUCUAAGUUUUAUAAUGAUUUAUUAAACUAUGCUAUUAGUUUGAAACAACAGAUUUAUGGUGAAGUUAAUCGUCUUUCAUCCAGACCUCCACCACCACCAACUCAACCAGUUUCACGUCAAUCAUCGCUUACUCAAGGAUUUAAUAAUUUGUCAUUGGGGACUCAAUAUUCAGGUAGUGACUAUGGAUAUCAACGUCAACCACAAGCCCCUAUACAACAAGAAGCUCCAAGAAGGCCAAGUGGAGUAUCCAAUCCAGGAUCUUAUAAUCAGAACUAUAACAAUUCACCAUCUCCAAGUGUUGGUAACAGUGGUACUACUAAUUAUUUUGAACUGCAAUAUCCUCAACCUCAAUUAUACAAUACACCAACUACGGACUCAUAUGGCCAAGCACCCAAGUCCCAAGCACCACCACCACCUCCUCAGAAUCAACAAUCAUAUAACCAAAUGUAUCAGACACCAACAUAUGGAGGUGCAAGUAAUAAUAGUACUGGAGGAGGAUAUUCCAGACCUGCACCACAAUUACCACCACAACUUCCACCUAAGCAGUAUCAAGGUCAGCCUCAAUAUCCACCACAAGGUCAAUUAUCUCAGCAACCAAGUUACCAUCAGCAAGCACCACCACCGCCACCACCUCAGCAACAACAAUCACCUUUUGCUGGAAAUGGAAUCAAUAACAAUAGUGGUAGUAAUUUAAUUUAUGAUCAACCAUCAACUUAUCAACCUAAUAUGUAUAAUUUCUUUUCCAAUAAUAAUAACAACGGUUAG